GCUUCCUCAAUUAAUCUUUAUUAGGCAUAUUGCGAUAUGACGUCAAUUGGCCGAAGUUGGACACUGAUCGCUCGGUUUUCAAACAAUGAUGACAAAAAUUGGAUGAAGGAUACUGGACACUGGUGGUAUGACAAGAACGACGCUUCUGGGGACACUAGUGAUCCGUCGAUCAACGCUGACAUGAUAUCGCCAGCAUUCUGGGUGGUUGGCGGAAGCAAAUUCAAGAUCACUCGCAGUGACGACCCACGACAUACACCUUUGCUGCGGACCACGGGUAACUGUCUCGGUGGACAGACGUUCCGCUCCAAAGUUACAAGCUAUGGCGACUUCAGAAAUGGCGUAGUCUGGGCCUCAAACCAGUGCUUGGGGACUUGCACUGUACAAUAUGGCGGACAAUAUCGAUCAACUGCCGGCUUUCAACAGGCCACAUGUAGUGGAAGCAUUCAAGGCUCCCAUGCAAUCGGUUUCUGGUGUGACUGGGGUUGGGACGGUUCACUGCUUAUGAUUGGCGGAGGUGGAAAAAGACGCUCACGUGCCGACCACGGGAUUGGGGUAACUGAAGCUAACGAAGCUUCCUUUGUACAUAGUGAUGAAUUUGAUUUCGGUGAUCAAGGAGUAGGUACUCCAAUUCGAGACUACUCUUUGAACCUGUGGAUCCGUUGAUUGGCAAUGAUCGGCAGAUCCUCCAUCACAUCAGUUAUAUGACAUCCACAGAACGAUACCUUUUUAUAAAGGCUGACUUUAAUUUUGGCUAUAUGCUGUUUAGUUAACAUUGCUUUUCAAGAUGUAGAUAUAGUUUACCUUGAGAAGACAAGAACCGAAGAGCGAUUUGAUUGUCGUGAAGCGUGUAACCAACUUACAUGUAGAACAAACACCUCCCAACAGAUGUUAACAACUGCCGAUGCAGCCAUAAAUGGCUUCCUCACGACAUAAAAUGAACUGACGGACGGAUCUCAAACAAAAAAAUUUAAGACGGAAUCCACCAGAAGUUCGAGUAA